CUGGUCCCUUGAUAAGAGAACUAGAGCCGGGCAGCCAGAGCCACUGCUGCAAAGGAGACGGCCCAGCCUCGGAGCAAGCGUGCCCUCCCCUCUCCUGUCUCCUCAACCCCGCAACUGCACUGAUUGUGCUGAGGAAGAAAUCAUCUGUUGGUGAUGUCCACUGAGAAAAUGGAGCCAUUAGAGCUCUCAGAAGACAGGCUGGACCAGCUUGACCCACGUUGUGGCCACUUAGAUGAACUUUCAGACCAAUUCAUUAAGGACUGUGAUCUCAAGAAGACAAUAAAGGGAAAAAAUGGGCAAGUCUCACUGAAUAUUGAAUCAGAUAAGAAAAAACCAAGAAGAAAAGAUACACCAGCACUACAUAUCCCACCUUUUAUACCAGGUGUGUUUUCCGAACAGUUAAUUCAAAGAUAUGAUGUGCAAGAGAGGCACCCAAAGGGCAAGAAUCCUGCUCUUCAUAACACUGACCUGGAACAGAAAAAGCCAAGGAGAAAAGACACACCUGCCCUGCACGUGUCACCCUUUGCAGCAGGUGUGACACUGCUCCGGGAUGAGAGACCCAAAGUGAUCAUGGAGGAUGACGAGAAAGAUAGUGACAAGAUACCUAUUUAAAGCUAUGUCCCUUGAGAUCACAUGUAAAUAGGUUAGAUUGGUUCCCAAUGGUGACCUAGGGAAAAAAUAGACUUGGUUCUGCUCCCUUUUUGAAAGUCUGCCUUUGAGAUCCAAUUCCUUUCCCCCAGGAGGCAUUCUGUAUCAGAUUGCUGGUCACCUCUUUCUCUCUCCUUCCUUGAAGUUGAUUUCUAGUCCCACACUCUUGAAUUUUCAUCUUUUAAUGCAGUGGAAAUGAAUCAGACCAACUGAAACUAGGAGAUAGAAGAAAAGGUGAGUUCUCAGAACAGAAAACAUGGAUCACAGAGUAAUCUUAUUUUAGAUAUGUAUCUUGCUUCUGGGAAGGACUUGACAUAGCACCAUCCACAUACCAGUCCAAAUGGGGGUUCCCUUCUGCCUGUGGGUGAGAGUAUAUUUGCGAGUAUAUUUGCUUACUGCUCUGGUGAACAUGGACUUCAUUUUAUUCUACCUUAAGAGUUCAAGAUUCUCUUGUUGUACUUGGGAAUCUAAUGCUGUACUUGGGAACUUUGUAGUUGAUACCUUAAAAGAAAAUGCAUAAUCUAGAAUACUCAACCCAGUCAACCACUCUUAAACUAUAAAUCUAAGGCAGAGGGCUCUGAUCUAUGUGAGAAGCCUGGAAAUAGAUCUUAUUUCACUUAUUCUUUUUUUAAAAAAAUGUUAUUGUUGUUUUGGGGCCACACCCGACAAUGUUCAGGGGGUACUCUAGGCCCUGCACACAGGGACCAUAACUGACAGGGCUUAGGGGGCCAUAUGGGAUUCUACAAAUUGAACCCCAGUUGGCUGCAUGCAAGUCAAGCACCCUGCCCACUAUACUAUCACUCUGGCCCCCUAUUUCUUUUAUUAUUUGAAAACAUUUCUUGUCCAAGUUGUCUUACAAUCUGUGCAUUGUCGUUAGUGUGCUAUAACAAAAUGCCAUUUCUUGAUUAAUUUGCUUCAAAACAGCAAUGUCAAGAAAAGCCAUUUCUACAUUUUAAGUAUUGUUUAUUUUGGACCCAAUAUGAUUUCUUGGACAGGUGGGGAAGAUGUGGUGCUAGCUAGUGAACAGGGGUCUCUCUGGAAGACUGCCUGGUCCUGCAAUCUGUGUGCACCACAGGAAGGUUUUGCACAGAGGCCUCAUCAACCAGCAUAUAGACUUGGAGAAAGGUGAAAACUAUUGCAUAAAGGUAGAAAGAUAAAAAUACAAAUCCUGCCGAAAAUGAUGAUGUGGAAGUUCUGUAGACACCUUGGCCCCAACAGUUGUUCAUCCAUUUUUCUAUCCCCCUUAUAAUGGUAGAAAAAAUGCAAGACCCUACUGGCAAUAAAAAUACUUCUAUUAAAAUCUCUUUCUCCCAGUGCACUUCUCCUGGAAAUACUGCUUACUUACAAUUAUAAAGAGCAAAGGUUGUAAAAGAUUCAGUGUUUCUCUGAUUCAUAAAGCUUUAAAAAAAAUUGAAGUCGUCAUUAAUCUUUAAUAGUCGAAUGAAUAGAAAAUAUAUAAAAUUCUAGAUAUUCAAAUCAUCUGAGAAAUAAAUCUUAAGUUCUGCACCUCUAAGCCUCAUUAGAAAUAACAUAUAGAGGGGCUGGAGAGAGAGUACAGGAGGCCCUCUGCACGCAUACAGCUUGCAUGCAGCUGCUUAUAUCAGUCUGUUCCCUGACAUUGUGUGACCCCUAGAGGUUCACUGGGUGAUCUCUGGAGACCCUAAGCACAGUUGGUACCUGGACAAUCCUCCACACUAUAAUACCCUAGCAGUAUAGUAUCCUUAGGUCCUAGAACUAAACCUCUUUCCAACUUGGCCAGAACUACAAGAGAAGGGUCCUCGCCCCCGUGAGGACAACUUGUGAGCACCCUCCCCCUCCCCCAUCCCCAUCAGCACCAAACAGAAAUAACUGAUGGCAACCAUCAGACACUGCUUGUACUAAAGGCCUAAAGUUUUAUUUUUAUUUAUUGUUUUGGGGCCACACCUAGCCAUGCGAAAUGUUUAUUCCUGGAUCUGUGUUCAGGGACCACUCCUGGUGGGACCAAGGAACCUUGUGGGGUGCCAAGGAUUGAACUCUAGUUGGCCACAUGCAAGGCCAACACCCUGCCAACCAUAUUAACUUUGGCCCUGGAUGCUCUUUGUGGAAGAAAUUUUGUACCCUCUACUUUUCCCUCUUCCCCACCCCAUAUUUCACUACCCUCACCUUUUACCUCAGGUCUGAAGUCCAGAGAAGUCACAGACUGUGUUCCUAGGCAUCACUCACCUCUUUGGUCCCAGGGCUCUUUUCUCUCUACUGAAGGUAACCAAGGUUGUGGAGGUGUAGCCCAUGAGCAGGCUGUAGGCUGAGAGCUCGUGAGGAGACAGGCCAGGAGGUGAAAGAGACAGCUCAAGUGGAAGAGAACACACGGACCCUAAAUUUAAUCCUUGGUACCACCUGAUUCCCUCGCCAGGGGUAGCCUGGUGCACUGCACCCCUUAGCUUCACCCCACAGGAGGUGGCCCCUGAGCAUAUCUUCAGGCAGAGCUUUUUUGGAGAUGCCCUCAAGCCCCCCGUAACUGCUGAAUAUGACCCCACUGAGAGAAAAGUGAAAUACAAUUAUAGGUCUAUGCACUAUAGGAUUGUCUCACCACCAGUUUUCUUCAGGAAUUCUCUCCAAGAAAACAGAAAACACGGGUGCAAUCUUCCUCUACCACAGCUUGGGAUAGACAGUCCUGGGGCUAGUCCAGAGUGUGCGUGUCACAGGUCACUCAGGAGGCCUCCCUGUUUCUGAGCGGAGCCUCAUGUGGGUAAUCCGCUGGCUCUUGCACAGACAAAGGUAGCCAGAGGUGGCAACUAAGCAACACUGGCAAGUCCCUAGAACUUCAUUCGUUUCUUAAUCUUGAAACAAAGACAAUAAUUUCUACUCUGCCUUUUGAGAAAUAAAGUGGUGUGUGCUAAAAAGGGAAUGCUGACCCUGUGGUAACAUGGACAGUUUCUUUUUUCCUCUCAAUAUCUGAACUACCAUAUUGUAAAAGUUUGUAACUUAACCAAUUGGUACUGAGAAAAAAUAGCUCAUACUUAAAAACAAAUAAAUAAAAACUUCUGCUGGUCUUCAGGAGCGAUAGCACAGUGGGUAAGGUGUUUGUCUUGCAUGCGGCUGACCUGGGUUUGAUUUCUCCAUCCUUCUCAAAGAGCCAAGACAAGCUACCAAGAGUAUCCCGCCCCCACGGCAGAGCCUGGCAAGCUACUCAUGGCGUAUUCGAUAUGCCAAAAACAGUAACAACAAGAAUCACAAUGGAGACGUUACUGGUGCCCGCUCGAGCAAAUUGAUGAACAACAGGAUGACAGUGAUACAAUACUACAGAGCUGGUUUUCAGGAUCUGAUACUACGUUUCCAUUUUAGUUCUUUUGCAAAAAAUUAUUUAAACAACCAUGAUUUACAAAACUAUUGAUAUUUAACUUUUAGACAUGUACUGUUC